AUGCGUAACCUCGGCAACUCUAACAUCCACACCCAAACUCUUCGUGAACAAAACUGGGAGGCUGGUGAUCUUUCUCCACUUGUCCACCUCACCGUUGGUUCACCGGCCAUCACAAUGCCAGCCUCAGUUCCCGUCCCCAGGCCUGUGAAUGUCUUACGAACAGGACCAAGCAAGUCCUCGGAGAUCGUACCUGACGAUUACUCGCAACCUUUCCUAGACUUUAUCAAUAAGAACCCUACAGUUUUCCAUGCUGUUGAAUUCUUUGCCGGCCGCCUUGAAUCUGCCGGGUUUUCAAAACUUUCUGAACGCGAUUCGUGGAGUUCCAAGCUGAAGCGUGGUGGAAAGUACUACACCACCCGAAACGGCUCGGCUUUGAUGGCCUUUACUAUCCCCACCGGUUACGCGCCUGGAAACGGUGCAGGAAUUGUUGUGGGCCACAUUGACGCGCUCACGGCUAAACUGAAGCCGGUAUCUAAGAAGCCGGAUUCCCACGGCUAUGUUCAGCUCGGUGUCGCGCCUUAUGCAGGGGCUCUCAACUCCACAUGGUGGGACAGGGACUUGGGCGUUGGUGGUAGAGUCAUCGUGAAGAACUCUCAGGGAAAGAUUGAAUCCAAGCUGGUCAAACUGGAUUAUCCUAUUGCUAGGAUCCCAACGUUAGCGCCACAUUUCGGGAUUAGUGGCCCAUUCAACAAGGAGACGCAGAUGGUGCCAAUUGUUGGUCUCGAAAGCCCCGAAGAUAAGAGCUCGGAAUUUCCCGAAGGCAGCUUUGCAAGGACUCAGCCCCCUCGCCUUGUAAAGGCUAUUGCGAAAGAGCUUGGCAUUUCAAACUGUCCAUCCAUCAUAAAUUGGGAGCUUGAGCUUUUCGAUACCCAGCCUGGUCAACUCGGCGGUCUCUCAAAGGAGCUUCUCUUUGCCCCUAGAAUUGAUGACAAGCUCUGCUCAUAUUCUGCUCUGGAGGCCCUUAUCUUUGCAACGUCUUCCAAGGAGGAUCUUACAGGUUCCACGAUCAACCUUGUUGGGCUUUUCGAUGAUGAGGAGAUCGGUAGUAAGUUGAGGCAAGGUGCUGCCAGUAACUUGAUGAGCAGCGUCAUUGAACGCGUGGUCGAGGCGUUCUCUGAAUCCGGAAAGGCUGGCGCAAACGUGAUUUCUCAAACAUAUGCCAACAGUUUCAUGAUUUCGGCAGAUGUAACGCAUGCUGUUAAUCCCAACUUCCUCAAUGCUUACCUUACCGACCACAUGCCACAGUUGAAUGUCGGCCUAACAAUCGGUGCUGACAGCAAUGGGCACUUGACCACAGACGCUGUAUCUACCGCUUUCUUGGCCAGAGUCGCCGAAAAGAGUGGAAACAAGUUGCAAGUAUUCCAAAUCAGGAAUGACACAAGGAGUGGUGGUACUGUUGGGCCGAUGUUGAGUAGUGCCACUGGUAUCAGGUCAAUUGACGCAGGCCUUGCACAACUGUCAAUGCACAGUAUCAGAGCCACAUGUGGAAGCAAGGAUCCCGGACUAGGCGUUAAGAUCUUUGCCGCAUUUUUCGAAUAUUUCGAGGAGGUUGACAAGGAGUUUGCAGAAUAG